AUAGUUCCAGUUGCAUUUAAAAUAGGGAAGAAGUACAUAGAUAAUAUAGAAAAGUACAGCAAAGUCGAUAAUGCUAACCCUAGUCAAAUUAAUUACUUCAAUUUUUAAAAAUGUUGCAGGGCCGUACCAAAUAUAAGCUUUUUAGCUGAAAGACGGACAAUAUCUUGAAAGUGUUUGAUCGGUCGGAACCCAGCAAAGAGGAAAGUUAAAUUUCUGAUUUUUAAUCUUUUUGAGUUCAGUGAUGGAUGGUAGAGAUAAAGCUAGCGAAGAAGAACAACAUGGCGUCUAUCUCCAACCUCCACCGCAAAGGGAUGGAGACUCAGAGGAAGAGCUAUCACAAGGCAGAGACCUUCAGGUGUUGGAUUUGCUACCAGCAACAACAACACCUGAAGAUACUGGAGAUGAUCUUUUCAGUUAUAACACAUCCUUAACAUCAAGCCCUGUUGCUAAAAAAGUCAACUUUUCUACAUUGUCCAGCCCUAGAAUCGGUGGUCCAUCCCUCAGCCCUUCCUCUUCUAGAAACUUUACUAAUAAUAGCCUCAAGAAUCUCAUCCCAAAGCCAAACAAGAUCAAUGAGGUGGAUAUCGAGAAAGCUGCGGGUUUGGCCUUGGCUUCCUCAGACAGAGACAGGUCAUCAACUUGGAGUCUAUCUAAUAUUUUUACUCCAAGGAGGAACAAAACUGAGUCCUUGCCUGUAACCCCUAUAGUUCACUCCAACCCUGGGUCCACGCACGGUGGAUACGUGGCUGAUCCUGUUACUUCCAUUAAGAAGGGUCCUCCACUGCCUUUUCACCGAUCACGCUCUGUUCCAGCAUUCAACAAAGAUGGAAGUCUUAGGCAAUCAGGUGUUUUCAGAGUCAUUCCCACUCCAAACAUGUCGCCAACUAGAAGUCUUUAUAAACGUAACGACACGGGUGUUGAUGGAGGAGAAGAUGUUCCCGAGGAAGAAGCUAUGUGCAGAAUCUGCCUCGUCGAAUUAGGAGAAGAUUCAGAAGCCUUCAAGAUGGAGUGUAUGUGUAGAGGUGAACUAGCUCUAGCACACAAAGAAUGUACAAUCAAAUGGUUCACCAUUAAAGGAAACCGAACGUGUGAUGUGUGCAAGCAAGAGGUUCAGAAUCUCCCAGUGACUCUUCUCCGCAUGCAGGAUUCUCAGGGUGGGGCUGCCGAGGCUUCUCACUACAGUGUAUGGCAGGAUGUUCCAGUUCUUGUCAUUGUAAGCAUGCUUGCAUACUUCUGUUUCCUCGAGCAGCUUCUGCAUACUAAAAUGAAAUCCAGCGCCAUUGCAGUAGCUUUACCGUUCUCUUGUAUUCUUGGUCUUCUUGCCUCGAUGACUUCAACAACUAUGGUGGAGAAGCAAUAUGUUUGGGUUUACGGGACAGUUCAGUUCGGUUUUAUAGUUUGUUUCUCUCACAUUUUCUUCGAAUUGGUUCACAUGCAGCCGGUUGUGUCAAUUGUCUUGGCCACUUUGGUUGGGUUCGGACUCACAAUGAGCGGCACAACUGGUCUAGUCGAGUUUUUAAAAUGGAGGAGAAGGCAGAGGAGAGCUGAGCCUCCAAGCAGUAGUAGUCAGGAGGAUCCACCACCUGUUCAGACCGAUCAGAGUAUCUCUGUAUCAGGAAACUGAAGCCAAAGAAUGCUCUGAUCAUAUGUUCCAGUAGCAGUGUAUGGUACCCAAUCAGACCAUUUCGAGUCUAGCUUUCUCGACAUGUGGAUUAAGUAAUGAUCUUUGAAGAGUUUUAAGGCUUGUAUUUUGGGUGCUCUCUUAUUCUUCUGUGUGAAUGUGAGUGUAGAUAGUCUGGUGUGCUCUAAAAGGGUACUUUCCUUGUACAAAAAGUAAUUAUGAGAUCCAAUGUAAAAGCUUAUUGGCCUUUUUUUAGCUUUUCAAUAGUGAAUUUACAUGAUGUCAAAA